CAGGAGCAGCGAGCAUUACAGCGAAGGAUCAGAGGAAACUCAUCCCAAUUUCUUACGUAACAAAGUGAAAGAGGUUUUUGGGAGAAAAGUAUUCUUGUCGAGAAGCUCUUUGAACUUCGCGGGAAUUUAACCCUAAUUUGCAUUGAAUAUUGCCCCAAGACUUCCCGGUAAUUAAUUUUAUAACGUGAUCUACUACGUAUAUAAACACUUCACCGUUGUUCUUGAUCUUCUGUGGAGUGCGUUAGAUGGCUGAGCUACGACGAAGACGACCAAACAUGAGUGAAGUCAAAUUCGUAGACAAGGAGUACGACGAAAAUAGUGGCAUUAUGAGCGAAAUUACUGAAACUACUGAUGAGGUGGUAGAAAAAACAGAAGGACUCGGAGAAGACGAAAGCUUGCUAACAUUAGAAUCCCAAACGGCAGACAAAACGUCAUUAGAAUUAGCCAGUGUCGACGUAACAGUCGAAAGUAAGGGGACCGAAAAUGAAAAAGAGAGUGUAAGCAGUGAAGAAGCCGAUACUUUUGAUGAAGAGGACCCAGAGAAAGUAACGUUGAUUGAAAAAAGCGAGGCAACACGCGACGACGUUAGCGCGGAAGUGGAUGGGGAGGACGACAAAGAAGAAGAUGACGACGAUAACAUUGAAGACGAGACUGUCACAUGUUCCCUCCUUGGUCUAGAACAAGCAAAGGUGUUCAUUGUCAAGGGAGAGGAAAAUUUACAUGUUAUGUUCCAGACUGUUAAAGGAAAUGUACAGGAUACAGCAGUCAGGAUAAAAGGAAACGUGCAUGACGCAGCUGAGAAAAUGCAUGAUAAUAUGCACGAAGCAGCUGAGAAAGUGCAUGUGAUGAUAAAGUCCACAAAAGAUAAUAUGUCUGAUGCUGCUGAAAGAGUUCAAGAGAUACUGAAAACUGCAAAGGACAAUGUUCAAGAAAGCAUGCAUGAAGCUGCUGAUAAAGCAGAGAGGAUCUCAAAGAAGGCAAUUGAGUUGGCUCGCUCAGGGUGGUAUCUUCUUGCACACAUUGAACUUCCAGAAUGGCUGCGUGACAAUGACUUUCUCUCACAUCAUCACCGACCACCAAUGCCAUCAUUCAGAUCUUGCUUUAAGAGCAUCUUUAAAGUUCACAGUGAAACUGGAAAUAUUUGGACCCAUUUGAUUGGUUUUGUUGCAUUUAUUUGUAUCACAUUCUACAUGUUUCUUCGACCCAUCACCAGCACCAAUCCAUUCCCAAAAGACUGGCAAGAGAAGCUAGUGUUUGGGGCAUUCUUCACAGGUGCAAUCUUGUGUCUAGGGUUCUCAUGGAUAUUCCACACAGUGUACUGUCAUUCUAUCACAGUUUCCAAGAUAUUUAGCAGGCUUGACUAUUCAGGAAUAGCUUUGUUGAUCAUGGGUUCAUUCAUUCCUCCACUUUAUUAUGGGUUCUACUGCUCAAGAAUUCUGAAGAUUAUCUACAUGUCCCUGAUCCUUACAUUGGGAAUCUUAUGCAUAAUUGUGUCUUUGUGGAGCAAGUUCAGCACACCAAAAUACAGAGGUCUUCGAGCAGGUCUUUUCCUUACAUUUGGAUGUUCUGGUAUUGUGCCCGCUAUUCAUUUUAUAGUAGCGUAUGGGGUCACUCUAGCUCAUCGUCAGGCAUCCAUUGGAUGGAUGGCUCUUAUGGGUGUCCUGUACAUAAUUGGUGCUAUUAUGUAUGCCACUAGAGUUCCUGAGAGGUUUUUUCCUGGAAAGUGUGACAUUUGGUUUCAGAGUCAUCAAAUUUUCCAUGUGCUUGUAUUAGGGGCUGCAUUAGUCCAUUUGUAUGGCAUUUGUCAAAUGGCAUACUAUAGGUUUGACCAGGGUGCUGUGUGUGAGCAAUAAGUAAAUGCACAUGUGAUUUUGCUCUUUGUUUCAUAGGUGAAGGUGUAAAUAUAGUUUAAGUUAAUUAAACAAACUUCCAUAUAUUUAAGAGUCUUGUUUGUAGUGUAAUUUAAAAUUUCUUCAGUACAUUGGUGGUAGAUGUGUAUGCAUUUCAUUUAGCCUUUAGUUUUCGCCAUUUUAAAAUAAAGAAUAACAAUUUGUACAUAGAUUAUAUUUGCAAAAGAAAAACUUGAAAAGAUGUGCUCAAAACUUCCAUCCAGUUGUAGUUUUCUUUGUUAUCAUUGAAUGUUUACAUUAACUAGUUUUCAGCAAGGGCUGUUUUUGAUAGAAGUAUUUUGUGAUAUACUUGGUGAUCAAAAUUUUAUUCAGCACCAAAAUUUAAUAUGAUGACUUUGAAAUAGGAAAUGCAUUAAACACACUGAUCAUUCAAGUGUCCAAACACCAUAAUGGCUUUGUAGAGUGAGUUACUUUGAAAGAAAGAAAUUGAACAAAUAUUUCUCAAUCAAAGUUAUUUUUUUAAGAUAUCUUCACUAUCAACAGAG